AUGUUCAAUGAGUCUCCGACUGAGCAGCUCAACACCGCCCAAUCCCCUACCAAAUCCAAGGAUGGAGGCUAUUUUCAGUGUGGCUUCUGUAAACGCCACUACAAUCGAGCGGACCAUUUAAUCCGCCAUGUUCGAUCACACACCAGGGAAAAGCCAUACAUCUGCGAUGUCUGCGAUAAGGGAUUUGCUCGGCCAGACCUUCUGAAACGGCAUGCAGCCGGGCAUGCACACGAUAGGGAUCGGAAACGCAAAAGGAGCUCGUCAGUUGCGAAGCAAAGUCGAGUAUCCCAGGCCUGCAAAGCAUGUGCCUCGUCCAAGCUGAAAUGCGACGAAGCCAAGCCGUGUAAACGGUGUCGCGAACGGAAUCUACAUUGUGACUGGCAGGAUGUCGCGCAAGACUCUUCUCCAGAGCCAUCCCAGCAGAAUGAUGAACAAGAGAAUAGACUGUCGGCUCUGCCAGUCGAUUUAACCGCCACUGUGGCCUUUUCGCCGAUGCCGACCCCAAUGGAUGAUUUUCCACCCACCAAUAGCAUCCUCAUGACCACCCAAGGACCUGCGCCCGACCAGGGACUCGACCCGGCACUCGAUCCAGUACUUUCGCCAGGGGUCCCAGUGAAUGGACCGGCUCAACUUGAAUAUGGUGUUUCACCCACGGACCAAGAAAGUGGGAUUUUCAGCGUGGACGGCACAUUUUUCCCAAAUUUUUUCCCUGACUCGUUCAUAUCCUCGCUGGGUCGAUACAACGACCCGUUUGAUCCAUCCAGUCUGAUUCCCGAGUUCACCCCCUACGGUCCGCUGGAAAACCCGGCUCUGGAUUUCAGUUUGACGGAUGGCGACUUCGGUCUGAUCGACAUGUAUAAUGCCGGAAGUUUAAUGCCGAGGAACGAAAAUGAGCAACAGGAUCGCUUCGACGCCGACAGUGGCAUUGGAAUCGGAGCGGCGGCUUACCACCGCUCUUCAUUAUCCGCAUGGAAACCGCUCCAAGAAGAUCGUGCAUUCAUCGAUCACGAGAAUCUUUCUGUUCCUCAGGCCAUUGAUAGUCCCGAGGUCAAUAUUGCCGACCGACAAACAUUAUGCGAACGACUGUCCUCGAGCAGCCGAGACCAGAUCUUUGGACUGGUCCUCGAAAUCAGCCGCGAGGCCAGCCUGAACCGAAUUAUGAAGUCGUUUCCAAGCACAGAAUUAUUGGAUGGAUUAAUUCAGCAAUUUUUCGAAAAUCAGAGUCACAGUGUGGACUCUUUCAUCCACGCACCAACAUUUCGUCCCAGCGCUGAACAUGCCAGUAUCCUUACGGCCCUAGCUUCUGCGGGAGCCGUACGCUCGCCCAUUCCUACAAUACGCAAGCUUGGCUAUGCUUUGUUAGAGAUUGUGCGAAUGUAUAUGCCCACGAAGUAUGAAAAAGACAAUCUUGCCACACGGGACCUGCGAACAUCACAAACCUAUGCCCUGCAUAUAGACAUUGGAGUCUGGAGUGGUAAUCGACGGAAAACUGAAAUAGCAGAAAGCUUUUCUCAACCCCUGAUCACUAUGCUCCGUCGCGGAUUGAGAUUUCGCCGGUCGGUCUAUUCAAACAUCAUUCCUCACGCCGAAGAUACAGACGAUGUGGUGGAGCGAAAAUGGCAUGAAUGGAUCGAGCAAGAAUCGUUCAAAAGACUUGUCUAUCGUAUUUUCCUUCAUGAUUCUCAGACCGCGGUCACUCUCAAUAUUAAUCCUCUGAUAUCUUAUGCCGACCUGGAGCUUCCAUUGCCAGCUGCGAGGUCAUUAUGGGAAGCAAAAACAGCUGGCGAGUGGAGACAGCUGUAUCCUGCCCAUGGGCCUGUUCGGGUACCAUCAUUAGCAGAGCUGCUACGUGACAUGUCGCAGCUAUCCAUGUUCCAGGAUCGUAUCGACACUCAACUUGCCGCUCUGGUCCUUCUUCAUGGUCUCUCAGCCCUGAUCAACGAAUACCACCGACUUAAAUUUAUCUCAACCAGUAACUCGAAGCAUUGGCAUGCGCUUGUGACUAACUCCCGCCAACAAGAAUUGGACCAAGCCCUCCAACACUUUCGCAUGGUGUGCUCAGAGUUGCGUGUUCCGUGCCGUCCUGAGAUCAUCUUGGUAUGUGAGGUCGUCUCCAUGCUCUUGCAUAUGUCCCUUGAAGAGCUCCAGCUAUUCGCCGGCAAGGAAGACAAGCAAGAGGCACGUCGAGUGUAUCAAUCUGCCCUCGAAUGGAUAGCCAAUGCUGAUUCCCGCCGAGCAAUCUGGCAUGCUGGCCAAACCAUCCGUGCCUCUCGUCAAAUGCCCCCGGGCUCGUUGACCGGAUUUUUUGCUAUUGGAGUGUUCUACGCUAGCCUGGCAUUCUGGUCGUAUGGUGUGGUUUCCAGAGCCAAAAAUACCCGACUCCUGGGAAGCCCCGUCUCCCAAAUUCCGAGUCAAGGCCCAACAGUCUUCCUAGACGGGGAGGAGGUGGCUGAUGUGUCCAAGUUCGUAACACUGGGCUGUGGUCUUCCGGCGUUGCAAGGACCAAGUGGAACAGUCUUGCUAUCGGACUCUGGGUCAAUCAUGCAGGUUGGACAGAGAGCACUUCGAACAGAUAUUUCAGAGAGUACACCGCCACUAGUGCAGAGUUUGGCUCAGUUAAUGGGUGACCUAGGACAGUGUGUCCAUGUAGGGUCCUAG